AUGGACGGUGCAUCAGUGUUUCUAAUAGUGUUCAUUGGAACAAUCAUAUUAUCAUUAAUAUUAGUGGCAAUAUGCCCUGCGGAGUGUUGCGAUGGUUGCGAUGGUACUACAAGUGAUCAGAAUUAUGGGCAUACCCGUAAUUAUCAUUAUCAUAACCACAACAGAAGUCAUGGUCAUGGCCAUCAUUUUGGUGAUACAGAUUAUGAUGGGGGAGAGGGUGGAUAUGAUGGAGGUGGUGGCAGUGCAUGUGAUAGUGGAGGAGGUGGGGGUGGAUAUGAUAGUGGUGGUGGUGGAUAUGAUAGUGGCGGUGGAGGAGGUGACAGUGGAGGUGGAGGGUGUGACAGUGGAGGAGGCGGAUGUGAUAGUGGUGGUGGAUGUGAUAGUGGUGGUGGAUGUGAUAGUGGUGGUGGAUGUGACUAG